UGUUACCUGUCUACAAAGUUAGGUGUAUCUGUAAUGUUUUACUGCUCACAGUCAUUUAGCACUCAUUCAAGCCUAUAUAGAUGGUAUGGUACCGGUAUUCUGUCGGGGACGCUCUCUUAGAUACGACUCAUGGGCCUCUUACAGAGAUAGCUCUGAUAUUUUCAUGACAUAAAACCAGAAUUUAUAAAACAUCAUAUUUUGUUGACAAGUUAGGAAGGACGACACAUGAAGCGGAACCGUAAACUCCCAUUUAUUUCGCUCAUUAUUCUGGGAUUUUACUCUGGUACCUGGAUGUGCUCUGCUUUCUUCCAAUCGGCCAAAGACAUUUGUAGCCAGUACUUGGUGACAGGGGAGCAGGGGGUAAGUGAUGUGGCCCUUACCGCCUCAUCCACCAGACACAGCACUCGUCCCAGCGACAACUACGGUCCAGAGAGGGCUCGUCUGAAUGCCACCGCCCACAUUGACAACACCGGUGUGUACCAAAGGGGGGCGUGGUCCGCUCAGUACGAGGACAUCUACCAGUUCAUCCAGGUCGAGUUCCGGACAGUCAGUGUUGUCCGGGGGGUGGUCAUCAAGGGCCGGAAUGUGUAUCCGGGGGACGGGUGCUGCUACCAGAGGGUGACCCAUUUCAAGGUGCUUUACAGCCUGGACGGCAAGCGCUGGAAGACCAUACAGGACAACGCGAACACAGACGUGUACUUUCAGGGUAAUGUUGAUCAGGACAGCCCAGUGGUGCAUAUGUUCCAGUGCCCUGUCAUCGCCAGGUUUCUCCGCAUCAACCCGCAGACUUGGCUCAACCAUAUAUCCUUACGGUUCGAUGUGAUUGGCUGCGCUAUGGCAACACGAGAAUUGUUGGCACUGGCUGCAGAAAGCAAGAGAAAGAAGAUCGUUCUUAAAAAUGGCUGUGUCAAUUUCUGCUGGGGAAAAGCUAAUGGUUACUACCAGGCCUGCUCUGACUGCCAGGAAUAUGUGACAUGCGCAAACAGCUACAUGUACCGGAGACCUUGCCCUGCAUUCCUACGCUGGGAUGACACCUUGAAGAAAUGUCUGUACAACUCCCAGACCUGCCACUAUACCUUCUGACACCAAGCUGCAAAGUAUCUCUGAAGAAAUCUCUGUACCAUUCCCAGAUCUGUCACUAUACCUCCUGGCACCAAGUUGCAAACUCUCUCUGUACCACUCCCAGACCUGCCAUUACACCUUCUGACACCAACUGGAAAGUCUCUCUGAAGAAAUGUCCGAACAAGUCCCAGAUCUGUCACUACACCUUCUGACACCAAGCUGCAAAGUCUCCCUGAAGAAAUGUCCCAACAACUCCCAGUUCUGUCAUUACACCUUCUGACACCAAGCUGCAAAGUCUCCCUGAAGAAAUGUCCCAACAACUCCCAGUUCUGUCAUUACACCUUCUGACACCAAGCUGCAAAGUCGCUCUGAAGAGAUGUCCAAACAACUCCCAGACCUGUCACUACACCUUCUGACACUAAGCUGCAAAGUCGCUCUGAAGAAAUGUCCGAACAACUCCUAAACCUGUCACUAUACCUUCUGACACCAAGUUGGUACAACACCCAAACCUGUCACUAUACCUUCUGACACCAAGUUGGGACAACACCCAGACCUGUCACUAUACCUUCUGACACCAAGUUGGACGACACCCAGACCUGUCACUAUACCUUCUGACACCAAGUUGGGACAACACCCAGACCUGUCACUAUACGGUCUGAUACCAAGUUGGGACAAUGCCCUUGUAGGUUUUCUCAGAUGUAGCUUUCAAAUAGCCAUGGCAAAUUUGUUGAUAUACCAGUAUCAAUAUAAGCGAACAUUGUUUCUUUCAAAAUACUGACAUUAUUGAACAAUGUACUAUAAAAUAAAUUGGGAAUAAACUGGUUAUAAUGCAAAAG